AUGUUUACAGAGCUGUUGUUUUGCAAGUCUAAAGUGUUUGUUCAUUGUAGCUCGAAAGCAGACGACAAUAUUGCUGGAUUUCUCCUGAUCACCAGGGAUGCUCAACAAACGGCGUUGGACGCUACUUUGACGUGGAUACCCGAAAAAGAGCUGGACAAGGCGCAAAUAAAUGAGUUGAUGAGAGCAGACAUGCAACUAUCUUCUGAGACUAGAUCAAAUGGUAAAUCUAGAGUUAAAAAGGAAGUUAUCCUGCAGGCUCUGUAUAUUGCGUGGGCUUUUUCAAUUAAGGUCAGCUCAAUAUACUCCAUACAAUUUCGUCCUCCAAGUCCCAGCGGCUGGUGGUUUGGAUCCGUGGCUAUCAACUCCAAGAAUCUUCGGGAGCAAGACUCUAUCCCUAUUUUGUUCUUUCACGAUAAAGUUUGUCCCUCAACCCAGGAAAAGCAGAAGCAACUAUCAAAGUCGUUUGAUCCCUUCAAUGGGGCUGACAUUUACUGGGGAGCAAAUGAUUUCCGCGAUUCCUUGCUCGAAAUAGUGGACCUAAAGCAGACAUUGGUUGACCCCACAGUGUGGCUUGUGAAUGCAACUAUGGAUGAUCUGCGGAAUUUCUCGGCUAGUAAUCCUAAGCACGAAUCUCAGGGCUUGAACGAACCUGCUGCCCAAGGAAAUAAAUUUUGGGAUGUUGUUGACCAGGCCAAAUGGAAUGUCAUGUCAAAAUUCGCUGAUCUAACUUCGAAAUCAACAAACAAAAUGGCAAACAUGUUCAAUCAGCAUCCAUUGGUGAAGUUCGUUGACAAACACAACACAAAUCCGUAUGUCAAACAAAUCUUAGCGAACCCAAAAGUACAGGAAAUUCAGGAUGAUUUUGACUCAGCUAAAAUCUAUCUAGCUAAAUGGGCUCUUGGCGUUAAGGAACAAGCUGAAAAAUAUCAGACUACAAAUGGACUUGAUGACACCUACAGGCGCCUGCUGUUCAAUGAACUUGGUAGUGAUGGAGAAGAUGUCAAUUUAACUGACGAGGAAGUCAACGUCGCAAUGCAAAGAUCACACCCACUGACAAAACAAAAAUGGGACUCUUUCUUCGACUCCAAAGGUCGUCUCGUCAUCACGGUCCAAGAGGUCAAAGAUUUUAUUUUUCACGGAGGGGUGAGCGAUGCUGAUUUAAGGAAGGAUAUUUGGUUAUUUUUGCUUGAAGUUUAUCCUUGGGAUUCCUCUCUCGAAGAGCGACAGAUUUUGGAAAAAACACUUAGAGACUCCUACCGAGCCAACUAUAAGUGUAAAUGGGAAUAUCGUGAGACUCAUUCUGAUGAGGACGAGGAAGCAUAUUGGCAUGAUCAAGUUUUGCGUAUCGAAAAAGAUGUCAAGCGGAAUGACAGAGACUUACCUCUAUAUAAGUACAAUACCGAGGAUGGAAAUGCAUCACCUAAUUGUCAACAGGCCGAACCUCUAGCAGAUGAUACUUUAGACAAUGAUUCGUGGACAGUCAAAAAUCCUCAUUUACAAAAGCUGCGUAGCAUAUUGCUGAGUUACAACAUUUACAAUAACGAUCUGGGAUACGUGCAAGGAAUGUGCGACUUAUUGUCGCCUAUCUACUACAUUUUGAAAGAUGAAGAAUUGUCAUUUUGGGCGUUUGUUAGCUUGAUGAAUCGCAUGGAGAGAAACUUUUUGCGCGAUCAGUCCGGUAUUCGGGAUCAAAUGCUCACUUUGACCGAUCUAUGUCAGUUAAUGUUACCCAAGAUGAGUGAUCACUUGGCAAAAUGUGAUUCUUCUAAUUUGUUUUUCUGCUUUCGGAUGCUGAUUGUAUGGUUUAAAAGAGAAUUCGAGUUUGGCGAUGUGUGCAGUAUUUGGGAAGUAUUUUUGACGGACUUUUAUUCAUCCCAGUUUCAGCUUUUCUUUAUGCUAGCUAUACUGCAAAAAAAUAGCUUGCCAGUGAUGCAAAAUCUGGAUCAGUUCGAUCAGGUUUUGAAAUACUUCAACGAACUCAAGGGAUCGAUGGAUUGGAGCGAUCUGAUGAUAAGAAGCGAGUUGCUUUUUGUCAAAUUCAAAAAAAUAAUGGACAUACUCGAAAGAAGAUCUGAGUUGAAUGAAUACACCUUAUUGACAGCCGACGGAAAUGUGAUUACUGAAACGUCGGCUAUCACUGCAGAUAAUUCGUCUCAAACUAAUCCUUCUUUAGCGACCGAUAAUUUAAAGCAAUUGCUUUCAAAGAAAGUAGUCAUACAAAGAGAACCUCCGAGAGAGAAGCAUUCGGUAAGGUAA